AGGGUUUUCUAAAAGCCCGAAGAGCUGCGGAUGACUGACAACUCGGAAUAUUUCUUGAUCUUUUGGUGCAGAUUCGCUUGAUACUUAUACUACGUUGUUCGUUGCUUAUUUCACCGUGGUGAAAUUAUUUCUUCAAAACGGGAGAUUCCCUAGGACAUGUGACUCCCAUGUUAAAGUACUGUACAUGACUAUGGCUGUCAACAGAGUACUGAAACGACUUCUUAUACUUACAGGAUCAGUGGGAUUGUUGACUGUUUUCAGAAGUAUGGCGUGGCGCUCCAGUGGCAAAAGUCACGUGGAUCUUAUAGAUAAUCUUGCAAAAAAUGAUAUUCUAAAGACUCAACGUGUCAUAGAUUCUAUGAAGAAAGUGGACAGAGCACAUUUUUCCAAGAUGAAUCCCUAUAACGAUUCCCCACAGACUAUUGGCUACUCGGUGACCAUAAGUGCUCCACACAUGCAUGCCCAUGCUCUAGAACUGCUAGCGGAUCACCUUGCUGAGGGAAAGAGAGCGCUGGAUGUCGGAUCAGGGAGCGGAUAUCUUACUGCUUGCAUGGCUCUAUUGGUUGGGCCCAGUGGUAAAGCAGUAGGCAUUGAUCAUAUUCCAGAUCUGGUGUCAGAAUCCAUUGUAAAUAUUAAAAAAGACCCCAACUUAGCAGCAUUAUUAGAGUCAGGACAAAUGAAAUUCGUUACCGGUGACGGACGACAGGGCUACGCUGAGGACGGUCCUUAUGAUGCCAUACAUGUAGGAGCUGCAGCAGCCACCCUUCCUCAAGCAUUGCUGGAUCAGCUGGCUCCUGGAGGUAGGCUGAUCAUUCCCGUGGGUCCCCAGGGAGAGAGUCAGAUGCUACAACAAUAUGAUAAAGCAAUGGAUAGCUCCACCAUCACCAAGAAAAACUUGAUGGGCGUGAUUUAUGUGCCACUCACCAGCAAGGAGAAACAAGUUCCCAGGUGGAAAUGACUCGCAUGCUUUACAUGAGGGAAACUUUUCCUUCUAGUUCCUUGAACAGAGAGACACGUGAAGAUUUGUGACUUGGUAUGUCACUCUGGUGCAUUGUUACUGUGAUGCUACAUUUGUAUAUGUAAAUGCUUCAGUCCCAAGAAUAUCCUCAUGCUAAAAUGGACUGCAAAAUUCCAACAAAUUAAACUGUCAACUUUGUUUACCUUAAAUAAAAUGUAUGGUGUUUUACCUUAAAUAAAGUUUAUGGUGUACUAACCUUUGUGUGGUCAGAACACUGAACAGCAAUGUCACAAUUGAUAUUGCCCUGUUAUAGCACAGAUGUUACUCAGCAUUUAGAAGGAAAAUGUUAUGGAGGCAUGAAAUGUACUUCUCAAUCCACACCACACACAGAAAUUGAUUUAUAAUGUCUCUAUUUUUAGUUGACACUAUAGUAGCUGAAUUUCAUUUUGCUGUCUUUUUCAGCUUAAAAUUUGUCAAUAGUUUGACUUGCAUUCUCUGCAACUUUGAUUACUAGUGCAACAUUUGGGGUGAACUUUGCAUGUGGAAAUUCCCGUUUUCAGUUCUGCAGACAAGCUUGUUAUUGACUUCUGUUACAUGUACAAGUUUAUAUUAAUGUCUAAACCAUUGUGUAUGAAAAGUUUUUUUGUGUCUUGGAAUGAUUUUACCCCAUACAUCUUGUUAUUUAUAAAGCAAAUAAAAUGUUUAUAUGAAGAAAAAAA